CUUCCGCCUUAUUCCGCGAGGGGUACGCCGAUUGGCUCGCUGACAUUUGACAGAUUCCGGCAGAAUUCAACAUGGCAACAGUCGAUUUACGAGAUAAUCUUCUUGGAAUCUCCUGGGUAGACAGUGGUCUGGUUCCACUCUUGAACCCAGGAAAUGUUCUGGACUAUUUCUCUGAAAGAAGCAACCCUUUCUAUGACCGUACAUGCAAUAAUGAAGUUGUUAAAAUGCAGAGGCUGACGCUGGAUCAUUUAAACCAGAUGGUGGGAGUUGAAUACAUCUUACUUCAUGCACAGGAGCCUAUAUUGUACAUCAUACGAAAGCAGCAGAGGCAGUCUCCAACUCAAGUGGUCCCCCUUGCAGACUACUACAUCAUUUUAGGAGUGGUGUAUCAGGCUCCAGACUUGGGCUCUGUGAUAGGCUCUCGUGUGUUAUCAGCAGUACAUGGAAUUCAGUCCGCAUUUGAUGAAGCUAUGUCCUACUGCCGAUAUCACCCAUCAAAAGGGUACUGGUGGCAAUUCAAAGACCAUGAGGAAAGAGAAAAAUCAAAACCCAAGUCAGUGAAAAAAGAAGAGCCAAGCUCAUUGUUCCAGCGGCAGCGAGUGGAUAUGUUGCUCUUAGAUCUUCAACAAAAAUUUCCACACAUUUACUACCAGCCAAAACCCGGAGAAAAACCCGUUCCAGUGGAGGUUAAAAAAGAACCUGAGCCACCAGCUGACACAGUGAAGCAGGAAGAGCGAGAUCCUGUCAAAACCACUCCACAAGCUCCAGCCACCAAGGGACCUCCAGAAAAACGAGCAAGGCUGCAAUGACGAGACUACCAUGUAGGGGCCAAGUGUCUGACAACAUUGUCCUGAUUAUUUGGAGGGCCUGCGGGCCACAGGGGAACAAAUCCCACGUGACUCCUUCACUGUGGUGUUCCUAUCAGCUGUAAAAAUAUAUUCUGGCAGCCAAAGUUACAUCGCUAUCAAUACUGUGGGGUUUGUUAUGAAAUCCUUAAAGAUUUAUUCCUAACAGAAAUCUGGCAUCUGAUUAUAGCACAGUUGUUUAUUUAUUUUUUUAACCUAAGGUGAUCAUGAAUAUUUUAGUAAUAGCUUAUGUCAUAGGAAUCAAAACAAGCAAAAGAUUGGCUGGAUGGAGUUUCAUAUAUUUAAAGUUGACUGUUAAUUAAUUAUGGAUCACUAAGUGUUACAUUGUCUUGUAGCAAAGCACAUUCUAAAACUGAGCUGACUGCAAUAUUUGGUAAUAUUUGAUAAUAUAAGUGAACAUAGAGGUUUAUGUGUGGCUAAUAUCUUCAGUCAGACCUGGUGUCCUUAUAGAAUGAUAGUAAUAUGAAAGAGUGAGCCGGCUAACUUAAUAUGUUAGUCCUUUAUUGGCUUUCAUUUUGCAUCACCAAGAUGAAGAAGCAGUAUUGUCCCUGAUCCUCAUGUACCGUAAACUAAAAGAUUUACAUGAGCAUUUCAUUACAUUUUGAACUAUAAGACGGUUUUCUUAAGCUUCAGGCAUUCUGUUUUGAGAGUGCUGUUUAUAGAGUUAAUGUACAGAGGUAUUUUUACAUUUUUGUUUUCGGGAGAUGUUCAUUUUUAAGGUUUGGUAUAGUUCAUGAGUAAAAAGAUGUAAAAUAAAAAAAAAAGUUGUUUUUUUUUAAAUUAUUAUUUGUACCAUGUCUUAAAUCUCUAAUAUCUUCACUUGUAUAGUUAUAAAUAAAUUUUCCAGGUGAGAACA